AAUGAAGUAAAAGAAAGAAUUAGAAGGUAGAAAGAAGAUCUGAAAUAAUGAGUGGAAACGAAGAUUGGAGGAAAAAUGCAGAGACACACAAAAUGAGUUCAGAAGAAGUAAAAGCAUGUGGUGUGGAAGGUUCAAAGAGACCACCAGGUAGUAAUCAUGGUACAGCUAGGAAUGUUCUUCACCAAAGAAAAUCACUUCCAUUCAGUUUCACAACAAUCACUCUCUCAGGUUUACUUAUUACAGCUGCUAUUGGAUAUACUGUUUUGUAUACUAAGAAGAAGCCCGAAGCUUCUGCUGUUGAUGUUGCUAAGGUUUCUGUCGGAGUUGCUAAUCCAGAUGACACUCACCCUAAGAAGUAGUUUGUGGUUUAUAUAACAUGCUUCUAAAUUGCAACAUCAUUUGUACCCAUAAUAUAAUAGAUUUAGAAGCAUGCGGUGUAUCCAAUAUAAUCUAUGAUUCAUGUUGCUGCUUUAUUUAUAAGAACAAGUUCUAACAUCUUUUUAAUUGUAUGGUUAGAGGGCAUAGCAUUUAAGAUACUAAAUAGUUGUUUUGAUCAUUAA